AUGGUUGCAGCAGUCAUCACGGUCGGCAGAUAUUUCGCGGCUGCCUCUCAACUACGUGAUCAACAGCGGUCGGGGAUGGUGCUGAGAUCGCGGCUGUUGGUGGUGGGAGAGGUGGGGACCGGAGGGACGUGGGAUGGGGAGGAGAAGGAGGUGAGCCCGUGCUCGUGCGCAGUGGGACAUUUGGCGGAGAAGUGCGGGAGUGAGGAUCAGAGGGUUGAGGAGGAUGGAGAUAGUGCGAGUAGGGAUCGAACGGUGAAGGUGGCGAUGGUGGGUGGUGGCUGCAGACAGUGGGUGGGUGAGCACACUUGGGUUGACUUCAACACCACGGUGGUGCUGGGAGUAGGGAAUCGGGUGUUGUAUAAGCUGGCCCUGGUUCCUCUGAAGCAUUACCCCUUCUUUUUGGCUCAGCUCGCUACUUUCGGAUAUGUAGUUGUCUACUUCUCUAUAUUGUAUCUCCGAUACCAUGCUGGCAUUGUUACAGAUGAAAUGCUUUCCAUGCGAAAAGCUCCAUUUCUUGCCGUUGGUUUUUUGGAGGCCCUUGGUGCUGCUACUGGAAUGGCAGCUGGAGCAAUUCUUUCUGGAGCAUCAAUUCCAAUUUUGUCUCAGACUUUUCUUGUGUGGCAAAUUCUUCUGUCAAUUAUUUUCCUCGGAAGGAGAUAUAGAGUAAACCAGCUACUCGGAUGCUUUUUUGUGGCAGUUGGUGUAAUCAUAACUGUGGCAAGUGGAUCUAGUGCUGGACAUUCAUUGAAGGAAGCUGGUAUAUUUUGGAGCCUUUUAAUGAUAACUUCAUUUUUGUUUCAAGGGGCCGAUACCGUGCUGAAGGAAGUAAUCUUUUUGGAUGCUGCCCGGAAUUUAAAUGUAUCGAAGAUGGUGGAAUCCUUUCAUCAUAUGUUCCUGGAUUGGUCGUAAAAUCUCAUCUCCAAUAACGAUGUGUUAGUGUGUUUACCCAUCAUAAGGAACCUAAAUGACCUCAAUGUUUCUGCCCUUACUGCAUUUUAAACCAAAUCUAUACUAUUGAAACUGAAUUGGGGCAGGAAAGAAGGGGGCUAUAACAAUAAAUAAGACCCACCGCCAAAUGAUGACAACAUAUCGAAGAGGUAAAAUACUUGGGAAGACCAAAAAUAGUCUUACAUGAUAAAGGCAGUAUGAAAUGAGUUAGGUCUCAAUGAAAAGAAACAAUUUUAUCCUCAUUCAAGAUUUCAAACUUACCUAAAUUCUGUGCACGUUAAUCAAGUAUGCUGUAUAAACUUGCCAAUGCGUUUCAAUUCAUUGAUUAUUUCUUUUAUAUUUAGUAAAAUUGAUAUGCUUCCAUUGUAUCCAUCACAGGGAGGUUCAGUAGACCUAUUUGUUGUAAAUUCCUAUGGAUCUGCCGUCCAAGCCUUCUUUAUAUGCCUUCUCCUUCCUUUUUUGUCAAAAUUAUGGGGCAUCCCUUUCAGUCAGUUGCCAAACUACCUUAAAGAUGGCACGGCUUGGUUUCUAAACAUUGGUACUUUGUCGAGUGGAUGUGAUGGUGCUCCACUGCUUCCAUUGUUGUUUGUUGCUGUCAAUAUGGGUUUUAACAUAUCAAUGCUUUAUCUGCUCAAGAUCUCUUCUGCUGUGGUGUCUUCCCUUGCUUCUACAUUUUCAGGUAUGU